UACAAGAAAAGUAAGGGGGGAGGGACUAGAUGGGCGCUUGGCUGCCGAAGGGCGUUUAUCUUUGUUCAAAACGGAUGAAGGAAAUGGUUUUGUGAAAAGUUAGUCCCGAGAGAUUUUGUCCUCCUCAUGUCUUAUUCGAGACAUUCUUGCCUGCAACGGGACGCUCUCUUGGACCCAGAGCGCAUCCUGCAGAAAGAGGAGCGUUGAUUACUCUGCUCUGAUUGCUUUGUCCGCCUUUUCUGCCUCCGCGCUCUACAAUUUUGUCUGGCAGAAACAGAAAGCGGGCCAACCUCACUGGACGAGGGGGACUACACUUCCCAGAAGCAGCGCGCAUGCGUAGAAUCCUCCCCCUCCAGUUACUGGCUUCUGUGUCGGUCUUGGGACUCGCCGUCGGACCGUGAAGGGUUUCUCCCUUUCUAACCUCUUUUUGCGACGUCCAGCCUGGUGGAGACGUCCCGUGAACUCGAAAGCGCGCUGGCUUAUGUGCCAUUUGGCUGGUCCUCAUAACAACGCGGAUUUCAUUCUUGGGGUAUUUUUGACACCUUCAAAAGAGCCUCAAAACGAAGGAGGGAGGGAAAGAGGACGCGGGGGAGCCUGGCUGCUCGCGAAAGGCGUGGAAACGCAGUGGGUUUUCUUAAUGAAAAUGAGGGUGUCGUUUUUUAGAAACGACCUUUCUAGUAUAAUGCCAGUACUUAUUUCGACUAUUGCGCGAUCUCCAUCCCCAAAGCUCGGGCAGGGAAGCAAAGCAGCACAGGCUCGUCGAAACCUCGCAGUCACAGACCUUCCCCGACUUAGUUCAUCCAGAUGCCCACAAGCCAGGUCAAACUCUUCAGAAAGAUGCUCCCAGGCUGGGAAUUGGAUAUGGGGGGAAAGGAGUUACCUGGUGUUUUGAUCUUUGAAAUAGGAGGAGCAGCUGGUAUACUGGAGAGCCACGUGGAGUUCCUCAAGACACACUUUAAUCUCAUCACCAUGAAGGAAUUUCAGAAAAGCAAGGAAGAGUUGCAUGAAAAGAUCAAGUCUAUUUUUGUAUUUGAUGGCAGACCACUCAUUGACCGGCAGCUUCUUGAAAGCUUGCCAAACCUAAAGGUGGUUGGAAAUUCAGGAGUAGGAGUGAAUCAUUUGGAUUUGAAACUGAUUUCUAGCUUUGGAGCCAAAAUAACCAAUACUCCACAUGCUGUUUCUGAUUCCACAGCAGAUAUAGGCAUGGCCUUAAUGCUGGCAUCUGCCAGAAGACUAGUGGAAGGUUGUCAUAUUGCAAUGUCUCCACAGACCAAACAUUUUGCUGUUGAUUGGUUAGGAGUGGAAGUCACCCGGGCAACCCUUGGUAUCAUUGGGAUGGGCAGCAUUGGGUAUAAGGUGGCCAAAAGGGCAAAAGCUUUUGACAUGAACAUUCUGUAUCACAAUAGGAACCGCAGAAAAGAAGAAGAAGAACGGUUAGUUGGUGCUACUUAUUGUAAAAGCAUAGAAGAGCUGCUCCAGCAGUCAGACUUUGUGAUGCUGGUUGUGAGCUUGACAUCGGAGACGUACAAGCUCAUUGGUAAAAGGGAGCUAGAACUAAUGAAGCCCACAGCUAUUCUUAUCAACAUCUGCCGAGGUGCAGUAGUUGAUCAAGAUGCUUUGGGAGAAGCACUCCAAAAUGGGAUCAUUAAGGCGGCAGCUUUGGAUGUGACAGACCCUGAACCAUUGCCAAGAGACCAUCAGCUACUACAGUUGAAGAAUGUUAUUAUAACUCCGCACAUUGGAACUGCUACCGUUCAAGCCUUGCGUAUGAUGACAGAAGAAACAGUAGAAAAUACUCUGGCUGUUCUGAACGAUCUUCCUAUUCCAAGUGAAGUGAACCCCAACUGAACCCCAACUGAUUGUGAUAAAAAAAUAAAUAAUCAGUGGCCUAUUAUCAAAAGGACAUUACAAUAACAACCUGUUCCGAUCAUGGUUUCCCAUAAAGCUCCCGUUUUGUGGCUAUUUUCUGUACUUAUAUCAUUAUAACUUUUUAAUAAAGUUAUUUGCUUUGUGGCCUUUUAGCACAAA